ACAAUACACAAACACGCAGGUCGUACACAGGCAGUUGCCAUAAUGCGCCCAUUUCCACCCAAACGCUCCUCUGCGCCACCGGCGAGCUCUGCUUCCUCGUGCUGUCCGGUGUUUGCGGGUUCCGCGGUACUUUACUGCGCCACCUGUGAUCAGUCACUUUGCAGCCGCUGUGUCAUUAAGGGCACACACCAGGAUCAUCAACUGAAGGACUUAAAGGACGCAGUGCGCGAUGAAGUGAAAAAACUACACAAACUUUCCGAUGACCUGAGAUCCAGAGAAAGGAAGUUUGGAGACCUUACACCAAGGAUUGAAGCAGCGGAGCGAGAACUCGAGGAGAUGUGCAGCAGGACACAGGAGACCCUUCAGCAGGAGUUCCAUACCCUGCAGACUUUGAUUGAGCAGAAUCGUCAGCAGGCUUUUUUCAUCCUGAAUGCACAGAAGCAAACGAUCAAGCAGCAGCUCUAUCAGCUGCUCGAGGACACACAGAACUACCAUAGCAAGUCCACAGUCAUGAUCGAGAACAUAAAACAGCUUAGGAGCAAAGAGGAGAGCGAGAAUCCAGCCAGUCUGCUUGGGGAGAUCAAUGCAAUUGAGACCAGCCUGCAUACAAUGAACGAGUUUUACUCCUCUGUGGAAAAGAAGCUUAAAGUCGAUGACACAAGAUUAAAAGCUCUGGAAAACUCCAUCAAGAAAAUAGUGGAAAAAAAUAAAGAGCUUCUGCCACGGCCAUGGGAAUUUUUAGAGAAUAUCACUUUGGAUGAGAGUAAAACGCCAAAAUAUGUGCAGAUUUCAGAGGGCAAGACAGAGAUGAUAGUGUGCCCUCCAGAUGACCUCAGCCAUACUGCUUGUUCAUCAUGGAUUAACGUGCAGGCAUCUCAGAGCUUCAGUAAAGGCCUUCAUUACUGGGAAGUGUACGUAGGAGGCUGUGAGAUCUGGCAAGUAGGAGUAGUAGAACAAAGACAGAGUAAAGGCCCUCAAAGUCCAGCUCUAUCCCAGGAAAAAAGUUCAUGGGUUCUGGAGUGUGAUAGUGACGAGCUCUCAGCACUUCACAGCAACAAUUUCAGCAGGGUCAAGGAGAGCAAUGUUCAAACCCUUGGAGUGUUCCUGGAUUACGAUAAAGGGCGACUGAAGUUCUACAAUGUCAAUACAGGCUGCAUUAUGUACUCGUUUAUUGCCAAGUUCAAACAUUCUGUCUAUCCUUUGUUCAGCAUACGUCCACAGAAAGACAGUAUCGCACGACUGAAGAUUUGCAACCUGCUUGAUCAUGAUGACAGAGAAAGUGACACAACUCCCGAUCCAGAGACCUCAGAGGCAGUGAGUGAGGAGGGUAUAGAGAUGACUUCUGAGAGUUUAAAUUGGGACCUUGUUUAAAAAAGUGUGUUAGCAUGUAUAUUUUAUUUGAUGUAAUGUCUAUUUAUAAAAAAUACUUUUAUACCUUGAAAGAAAAUAUUAGUAAAUCCUAUUUAUUAAAUCCUAUUUUAUUAAGUACCAUUUAAAAUGUCUGUUUUA